UGGAAACUCUCAACAACAACAUAACCUCUACCAUCCAUGCUCUUGGUGUUUCCCAACAGCUAGCAAAAGGGAAAGCAGCAUGCCCUAUAUAUAAAAUGACGGAAAGCAUGGUCUUAAUUGGUAGCCAAGACAAUGGAUGGGAAGCUCGAAUCUAAGGGCAAAGUUUGUGUGACAGGGGCUUCUGGCUUUCUGGCUUCUUGGCUAAUUAAGCGACUUCUCUUGUCUGGAUAUCAUGUCAUUGGAACUGUUAGAGAUCCAGGAAAUGAGAAGAAAUCAGCGCAUCUGGUGAGGUUGGAAGGAGCGAGGGAGAGACUCCGGCUGGUGAAGGCUGAUCUAAUGGAAGAGGGCAGCUUUGACGAUGCAAUCAUGGGAUGCCAUGGUGUUUUCCACAUUGCUUCUCCUGUGCUGAAACCUUCAUCUGAUCCAAAGGCAGAAAUCUUGGAACCGGCUAUUCAGGGUACACUAAACGUUCUAAGUUCAUGCAAAAAGAAUCCAUCUCUAAGGCGUGUAGUUCUCACCUCAUCUUCUUCAACCGCGAGGGCAAGAGAUGAUUUUGACCCCAAUAUACCUUUGGAUGAAACAUCUUGGAGCUCUGUCGAACUCUGCGAGAGACUACAGAUAUGGUAUGUUUUAUCAAAAACGCUGGCUGAAAGGGCAGCAUGGGAUUUCUGCAACAAAAAUGGGAUCGACCUGGUGACCGUACUGCCCGCAUUCGUCAUUGGACCCAGUUUGCCACCAGACUUGUGUUCUACUGCAUCAGAUGUGCUUGGCUUACUUAAAGGGGAAACGGAGAAAUUCCAAUGGCAUGGAAGGAUGGGAUAUGUCCACAUAGAUGAUGUAGCACUUUGCCACAUCCUUGUCUACGAACAUGAAGCUGCUUUCGGACGAUACCUUUGUAGCUCUACUGUUGUAGAUAAUAAUGAGUUAGCAUCCUUGUUAGCUGCUCGAUAUCCUUCCCUGCCUAUUCCAAAAAGGUUUGAGCAACUAAACAGACCAUAUUAUGAAUUGAACACAUCGAAGUUGGAGAGUUUGGGAUUCAAGUUCAAAUCAAUACAAGAGAUGUUUGAUGAGUGCAUUGCAUCCCUGGUGGAGCAUGGUUACCUUUCUGUCUAGCAAUGCUCAGUGGUGACACUUCUCCUGCCCAUAGUCACAGCCCGGCCUCAACUAUAACUAAUGAAGCCGUUAAAUGAGGAAAAAUACCUUAUAUUGAAUAAAUUAGCCUCCUAUGAUUAAUGUCUAUCAUCCUUUCUAUAUCCCUUUUUACAUACAUUCACGGGAAUAAAAAGAAUAACAUGACGUUUAGAAAAACAUCGUGACAACAUAUGUAUCCAACGUUUGUGA